UCCAUCUUCUCCUCGAGGCCUGGACGCCAUUGUUGCGAGCACCAAGAAAAGCUUUUUGGAAGGAUCACACGUACGCCAUGGUGAGGAAGGAGGGGAGCGGCAGGCUCGCGGCGGAGUACCAGGGCCUGGAGGUAAAGGUCCCGACUUUCUUCCGGUGCCCCAUCUCGCUCGACGUCAUGCGCUCGCCGGUCAGCCUCUGCACCGGCGUCACCUACGACCGGGCGUCCAUCCAGCGGUGGAUCGACUCCGGCAACGCCACCUGCCCGGCCACCAUGCUUCCGCUGCCGUCCACCGACCUUGUGCCAAAUCUCACGCUGCGCCGGCUCAUCGCGCUCUGGGCGUCCACGGCCGCUCCGUCGUCGUCGUCGUCGUCACCCGCGCCCUCGGCUGUUGGUCCCACGCCGGCCGCCGCGGAGGCGGAGCUCCUCCGCCAGGUCGCCGCGCCUGGGAUGGACCCGUGCCCGGCGCUGCGUAAGCUCGCCGCUUUUCUGUCUGAUGACGACGUCGACGAGUUCGACAAGAACGCGCUCGUGCGGGCCGGGGGCGCCGCGGAGACCGUGGCGACGGUGCUCCGGAGGAGGAGGGGGAAGGAUGCCGGCGUGGAGGCCGUCGAGGCGGCCGUCCGCGUGCUCGCCGUGAUCGCAGCGUCGGACUGCAUCGACGAGGAGAACAGGAGGCGCGUCGCGGCCCCGCUCGCCGCGGACGCCGCGUCAUCGGUCGCGUCGUUGGCACGCGUGAUGCGGGGCGGGAGCGGGCUGGAGGCGCGCGUCGACGCGGCGAGGCUGGUGGAGUCGCUGCUCCGCAAUGCCACGCCGGCGGUGAAGGCGGCGGUCGCGGAGUUGGAGGAGCUGGUCGCCGAGCUGGUCCGGCUCGUCGGCCCCGUGGACGAGAAGGGCAGCCUGGACAGGCAGGCCGUGGAGGCCGGCCUCUCCUGCCUCGCCGCCAUCGCCGGGACGCGGCGCGCCCGCUCCGAGAUGGUCCGGCUGGGCGCCGUCCCGGCGGUCGUGCGCGUCCUCGCCUCGGACGCCGCCGGCUCCCACGCCCAGGCGGCCCUCCGCGUGCUGGAGUCCGCCGUGGGAUGCGCCGAGGGGCGCGCCGCCGUGUGCGAGCAGGCGCAGGCGGCGAUCCCGGCGGUGGUGUCCAAGAUGAUGAAGGGCGGCAUGGGCGGCGCAGAGGCCGCGGUGUCCGUGCUCUGGGCGGUGUGCCACCGGUACAAGGACCGGCGCGCCGUCGACGCGGCGGCGGCGUCCAAGGGCGGGCUGACGAAGCUCCUCCUCCUGAUGCAGAGCGGGUGCUCGCCGGCGGCGAGGCAGAUGGCGUCGGAGCUGCUCAAGAUGUUCAAGGUGAACGCCAAGAGCUGCCUCGCCGGCUACGACUCCAAGACCACCCACAUCAUGCCGUUCUAGCAAAAAAAUCUCCAUUAAUUUGUCAGCUUCGAUAGAGAAGAAAUGAAUCGGGAUUGCAGAAGACAACUUGUACAUGGUUAGAGAAUUUUGUCAUAGAAAGAAACAUAUGAACAGAGGAUUCUUUUUUCCAUCUUGACAGAUCAAAUUUACCCUUCGUUUAUUUGUCUAAAAUCAUUAUGUGAUCAAAUUCGGCUGGAAAUCAAACAGCUACUAGUUGUUGGCAAGAACAGCAUGAUAGCAUGACGUCGAAUCUUGCAUCGAUCGCUUCCAUCGUUUGGGAAGAAAAAACACCAAACACAAAAAAGAUUCUCCAUCAAAAUCGGUCAAACAAGAGCAAAAAACAAAUGCAUUAGGUACACAUCCAGCAUGAUUCAUGCCCCAUUGAGAGCAUGUUCAUCAGGAAUUCAAUGAUAAAGAAACAUU